AUGGGCAGCAAGAAGAAGGAAAUGGCCCUGCAGGUCCACGUCAGCACCCAGGAACUUUGGGAAGAAAUGCUCAGUUCCAAAGGACUCACUGUUGUGGAUGUCCAUCAAGGCUGGUGUGGCCCCUGCAAGCCUGUGCUGAGCCUCUUCCAGAAGAUGAGGAUGGAGGUGGACCUGGACCUUCUCCAUUUUGCACUAGCAGAGGCAGACUGUCUUGAGGUGCUGGAAAAAUACCGAGGGAAGUGUGAGCCGACCUUUCUGUUUUAUGCAGGGGGAGAGCUGGUGGCUGUGGUCAGGGGCGCGAAUGCCCCACUCCUGCAGAAAACCAUCCUCAACCAGCUGGAGGCUGAAAAGAGGGUGCUGACAGACGGCAGAGAACGCAAAGUGAUUAAAGACGAGGUGCUUUCUGACAGAGACGAAUGGUUUUCCCAAGAUGAAUACGGUGGGGGCGGCGAGGACUUAGUGUCUAUAGAUCAGACCUGCACCUUGGCAAUCAUUAAGCCGGAUGCAGUGGUCCACGGGAAGAUGGAUGAGAUUAUUAUGAAGAUCCAGGAAGCUGGGUUCGACAUUCUGGUAAAUGAAGAGAGAGUACUGACAGAGAGGGAAAUGCGACUUUUCUACCAACACAGGGCCGGUGAGGAGACAGUGGAAAAGCUGGUCCGCCACAUGUGCAGCGGGCCCAGCCGCCUCCUGGUCCUCACCAGGACCGAAGACUCCCAGGAUGUGGUCAGUGCCUGGAGAGGCCUCAUGGGACCUUGUGACCCGGAUGUAGCCAGGAGGGAGCAACCUGAAAGUCUCCGGGCUCAGUACGGCACAGAAAUGCCAUUCAACGCGGUCCACGGGAGCUGGAACAGAGAAGAGGCCAGCAGAGAGCUGGCCUUGCUCUUCCCCAAUUUCAGGUUUUCAGACGACGACACAGAAGCCCUUCAGGGUGAUGAGACCCAACCAGAGGCAGGCCCCAUGGAGGUACUUUGUGCUCCUGACAACAUGGACGAAGACCCCAUGCUGCUCUUCCAACCCCGUGACUAG